AUGCCCUCUUCAACAACAUCCAUGAUUCAGCACUUCAACGAAUCCUACAUGUUCGGAUUCCAUUAUCUCUCCGAUGAUUCUGAACAUUCUUCUGCUUUAGAAGCAAUCCGACAGCACCUUCUCGGCAAUGAAACCGCUGACUUGCCUCCGUCUUAUCCGGCAACACUUUCCGACCAGGUCCCAUUGCACGGCCAGAGUUCAAUGCGGAGGCCUUGGGGGAAAUACGCGGCGGAGAUCAGACAUCCGGCUAAAAAUGGUGGUAGGGUUUGGCUUGGAAGUUAUGAUGCAGCUGAGGAUGCAGCUGUAGCUUAUGACAGAGCAGCUUAUGAGAUGCGUGGAGCUAAAGCCAAGCUUAAUUUUCCUCUCCUUGUGGGCUCCAACGUGUGGGAUUCGGUUGGAGCAACUCGAAAGCACAGCCACCUCGCCAUGGCCGCUGCUGCUGGCGGCGGCGGCGGCGAGCAUCCUUCGAAGCUUAAGCGGAUAAGGAAGAGCUAG